AUGAGCGACUCCGACGACAGCGGCAGCACGCCCGGUAUCCCGUCAUGGCAGCGCGGCCAAAAGAAAGAACCCGAACUCGAGCCGGAGACCACCACCUCGCAGGAUGCGAAGCGGGACGACGUCCCCUCCCGCGAUGACAGCCUCGAAGUCGCCCGCAAGUUCCUGCAGGACGACGAGAUCAAGGACGCGCCGAGGGAAGCAAAGGAGUCGUUCCUCAAGACCAAAGGCAUCUCGCCAGAGGAUAUAGAGCGGCUGUUGGGUAGCUCGGCAUCUGAGCCGGCGCAAGAGACACACUCUACACCCUCACCCUCACCACAACCGCAAAACGAAAUCUCCUUCCCCCGCCAAACAGACCAACCCCCCGUGAUAACCUACCCCGAGUUCCUCACGAAACCGACCCGCCCCCCGCCGCUCGUCACCGCAAACGGCAUCCUCAACACCCUCUACGCCUUCGCCGGUAUCUCCACCCUCCUCUACGGCACGAGCAAGUACCUCGUCCAGCCCAUGGUCGAGAACCUCACCGAAGCCCGCUACGACCUCCACGAGACAACCUCCCAGAACCUCGCAAAGAUAAUCGAGAAGCUCGAGGGCACCGUCUCCGAAAUCCCCGCUCCCAAGAAAUCUGCCGCGGCGGCCGCAGCAGCAGCAGCAGAGGGCGCAGCAGACGACGACGCGAGCAGCGCAGACGACCCGACCGAAAUGUUCCACCGCGAUAUCGGCACGCAGACAUCGAUUCCUUCCACGCCCUCCUUGACGACCUGGGGAGAGAACAAGAACAGCAACAGCGACAAGGAAAAGUCCCCGACGGACAGACAGGCCGACAAGCUGACGUGGUUCAAGAACCAGGCCGCCUGGCUCAAGACCACGGUCGUCGCCGACGCCGACGACGUGGCGGACCUGAAGUCGAAAAUGGACGUGCUCAAGGACGACCUCGUGCAGCUGGCGUACCCGAGCCCGUCCGACUACGCCGGGAGCAGCUACUCGCUGUACGGCGGCCCGCGCAAGAACGAGCCCGAGGACGAGAUCAAGAAGGCGAGGGAUAAUAUUCGGAGGGUCAAGGGGGUGUUGCUCAGCACGAGGAAUUUCCCUGCUUCCGCGAGGUGA